CGUGUUUCGACGUAUGCCCCGUAUCGGGUCAGAUAGCGAGUAAUCAGUGUGCUAUCAGUAGUCCGAAACUCGACAGGGCAGGGUAUCCGGCAGGACAUACUACCGAUAUAACACACGCUGAGAUCAGAAGAUAUGGCAGAGGACUUUUAAAACGAGAAGGAAAAUGGUACGUUACAGCGUCCUGGUUUGUUCACUACUCGUGGUGGGCGUGACCUACAGAGUCCACCUGAUAAUCAGCCGGCCUCUCCCACCCGACAUCAAGGAUCAGACUAAAGUCAAGAUUCUAGACGAGAUCGGACGUGUCUCAAAUCAUAUGUUGGACCUUUUACUAUACUUCGGCAUCCCGAUUGGAGCCCCGGUUCAAUUUUUAGUUGAUUCUGCCUUUCGGUGCAUGGUGGGAAGUAUGACGUCACACAGCGAUAGCGUUCAGAUAUUUGACCAGACGAUACAGGGUGUAAAUGUGCGUGUGUUUAAGCCAUCCCGGGCUCAGAGGGGGACCUACCCCACACUGAUGUACAUUCACGGAGGGGGAUGGAGUUGGCUUACCGUUAACAGCUAUACUGCACUUCUUACCCAACUAGCGAACAAGACUGGAGCUCUUAUCAUCGCACCCGAAUACAGGAAGGCGCCCCGGUACCACUUCCCAGAUCCUUACAGAGACUGUGAAAAUGUCAUGUACCAGAUCCUCCUGGGUAAAAGUGGACUUCCGGUAGACAAAUAUCAUGUGAUGGUUGGCGGCGAUGGCUCUGGCGGAAACAUGGCUGCCGCUGUUGCGCAGAAGUUCAGGAAGAAAAUCUUCAUGCAGGUUCUGAUUAACCCAGCACUUCAACUACUGGAUCUCCACAUUCCAUCAUACAAAGAUAACUAUGACGUCAUUAGCGGCAUCACGUCACCGAGACGACAGAUCCAAAAGUGGUUAUUGUAUACGGGAAUUUCAACAAAUCUCACACCAAAUCUGUUGCAAAAUUCGCACGUGUCACCAGAAGUGCGUCACUCCAAAUAUUCAAACUAUGUUAAUACUACAUUAUACCUCCCUUAUUCCUUGAAUAUCACCAAACGAAAAACUUCAGCGGAGCAUACUUAUGAGUUUGACUCAAUUGAAACAUUUAAAUAUAUUCUAACAAACACUACAUUGUCACCAAUGAUGCAAAACAAAUUGAAUGGCAUUUGUAGUGCCUACGUCAUAGCAUCUCAGUAUGACGUAUUACGUGACGAAGGAAUUAUGUAUGCUGCACGCCUGUUGGAGUCUGAAGUCAAAGUGAAACUUAGAUAUUACCCAUCGACAUUCCACGGCUUCUUGUUGUUCUCAACCAAAGGGCCAUUCCAACUUGAAGCUGGGGUCCAAGGUCUUGAGGAUCUGUCUGAUUUUAUCAGGUUUCAGCUCCGAGGCUAUACCUCAUAACUAACAAGUCAUUACUUCACUCACCUUCUUCCGACGAACAAUAUAUAUACAGUUUAAUAACUGCCAACAAAGCUGUUUCAAUGUCACUUUAAUAAAGGUAAUGUGUUCCACAGUGAAUCAAACAAGGAAGUUAGCAAGAACUGUAUUACGUUAGUGUAUGGUACGUCUGCUGGUACGAACAAUAUAUAAACAGUUUAAUAACUGCCAACAAAGCUGUUUCAAUGUCACUUUAAUAAAGGUAAUGUGUUCCACAGUGAAUCAAACAAGGAAGUUAGCAAGAACUGUAUUACGUUAGUGUAUGGUACGUCUGCUACCC